AAAUAUACCGUAAUAAAAAUGAAUCAGAAAAACCCACUCAAAAUUUCCGAGAUAAUUAACACAGGAAAUGAAGUAUCUGAAUGAAAGAAGAGAUUUUGAAAAUGGAUAAAGAAGAAUUGGGGGUAACAUCAUAUAUAAAGGUGUGGAACUCUCGCACGCACUUUUUCUUUGAAACCGGUAAACGUGAGACAAAAGGUCGCGUAAGACACACUUCCACUUGCAUCCCUUCCUCUGUUUUUUUCUGUCAAUAUAUAAACCCCCACAACCAAACAAGCCCUCUCCACCUCUCUUCUCUUCUCUUCUCAUCUCAUUUCUCUUCUCUUCCACACGAACCCUAUCUUCACACAUUCACUCACCACCACACAUUCACAUUCAUUCAUUUCCCCCCAAACCCAAUUCAAUGCCAAUCCCCUGCGCCCAUUUCAUUGCCUCGGAGAAAGCAGCCAUGGAAGCUGGCCUUCCUCUCCCCUCUUCCUCUCUCUCUCAGCUCAUUCUCACCCAAGACGAUUUGAAGAAAAUCGCCGCCUACAAAGCCGUCGAGUACAUCGAAUCCGGUAUGGUUCUCGGCCUCGGAACCGGCUCCACUGCCAAACACGCCGUCGACCGAAUCGGCAAGCUUCUCCGUCAGGGCAAGCUCAAGGACAUCGUCGGAAUCCCCACUUCCAAGAAGACGCACGAGCAAGCCCUCUCUCUCGGGAUCCCCUUGUCGGAUCUGGACUCUCACCCCGUCGUUGAUCUCGCCAUUGACGGCGCCGACGAGGUUGAUCCUUACCUUAACCUCGUCAAGGGCCGCGGUGGCUCCCUCUUGAGGGAGAAGAUGGUUGAAGGUGCUUGCAAGAAGUUCGUUGUAAUCGUCGAUGAGUCCAAGCUCGUUAACUAUAUUGGUGGUAGCGGUUUGGCUAUGCCCGUUGAAGUUAUUCAAUUUUGUUGGAAGUUCACUGCUUCCAGGCUUCAGAAUCUCUUUCAGGAAUCUGGUUGCGUUGCAAAGCUCAGAACUUUGGGCGAAAAGGCUGAGCCUUAUGUCACUGAUAAUGGCAACUAUAUCAUUGAUUUGUAUUUCAAGCAGAGUAUUGGGGAUUUGAAGGCUGCCAGCGAUUCCAUUCUGCAAAUCGCCGGUGUUGUGGAGCAUGGAAUGUUCAUUGACAUGGCUACCACUGUUAUUGUUGCAGGUGAACUUGGCCUAAUUGUCAAGAAUAAGUAGUAGCUUAAUUCAAACACCAUUAAAUGACAUGAACAAUAAUGUAGGCAAAAUUGGAAUGAUCAGGGAGGUAGUUUAAUUCGUCAAGGUUGAUGCUUUGACAUUUGGGGAGCCCUUUGGGGGCUUCUAACAUACGAUAUCUGGUGUAGUUGCAAUUGCUGGAGAAAAUAUCUUAAUUUCUCCGCCAAUUUUGUUAUUUUUGACCUAGUUUGAGCAAGCAAGCACAUGUCUGUCUUAUUUGCAUGUUAACUGCUUUUAUUGAUGUUUUGAUAAGCAUAAUGUAAUGGUUGUAAUCUGAACAUGUUGAAUAGUUGCCUUUCACAACAAAGUUCAUAAUAUAUUAUUAAGUAGCCAACUACAUAAUGAAAAGAGCUGAAUAGAUAAGAUAAUAUUAUGGACCACUUCUUUUAAGUAGCCAACUACAUAAUCUGUACGUGGUAGAAUGAUAAGAUAAUAUUAUGGACCA